AUGUCCUCGAUACGCCUUUCGAAGAUUCCCUCCAGGGCCGUUCGAGCUGCCUCAACAGCAAUCAGGCCAGCAUGCCGAGGCUCUCAGACUGGUGUCACCUCGUCCACCACACGCAACCACUCCACGACAUCAUCCGUCUCUGCCGAUGAGCUCUCCCAUUUCUCGGCUCUCGCCAGCUCCUGGUGGGAUCCGAUGGGUCCGUCGCGAAUCCUACAUUUGAUGAACCCAUUGCGACAUGAAUUCAUCGCAUCCUGCUUGGCCGAAAGUCCUCCACCGACCACUCCCGUCGCCGGCGCAACCGGCACAUCCUCAUUGUCUCCUCCCCCGGCUAAUCUUCACUAUCUGGAUAUCGGCUGCGGCGGUGGAAUCUUUGCUGAAUCUCUUGCGCGCACUAUUCCUCUCGAUCCGUCUGCGCCAGCUCCCACUGCCACCCGGGCCGCCUCCAUGACGGCAGUCGAUCCUUCGGCCAUGCUCAUCCAGGUCGCACGCGAACAUGCCCGACUCGAUCCAACCGUCGAUACGCACCUGCGUAGCGGCAAGUUCAAAUACCUCAACACGACACUGGAAGACCUGCUCGCAUCACCAUCACCGUCCACAUCGCCAGCCCCAGCCCCAGCCUCUUCCUCACCUACACCGUCACCCUCCAACACCACCCCCUCCCACCCGCAAUUCGACAUGGUCACCCUCUUCGAAGUCAUCGAACACAUCGACCCCCAAACCACCACCCCGCAAACCUUCCUCUCGCACUGUCUUCGCGCCCUCAAACCCGGCGGCUGGCUCAUCGGCUCCACCAUCUCCCGCACCUUCCCCUCCUGGCUCCUCAACCAAGUCAUCGCCGAAGCCCCCUGGCCCAUCGGCGUCGUCCCGCGCGGCACCCACGAAUGGAGCAAAUUCGUGAACCCGCCAGAACUACAAGCCUGGGCGCAAGAAGGGCUGAUGCGCGCGGCAGACUCGGCGACAACGAGGGGUGGAGCCAGUGCGUUGGAGGGCACGCGAUGGAAGUGUAUGGGGACGAUUUACGUUCCGGGGCUGGGGUGGAAGAUGGUGUCUGGAUCGGAGAGUUGGGGGAACUAUUUCUGGGCUGUGAAGAAGGGAGUUUAA